GUUGAACAGAAGAUUUGCAGCUACAUGUUGAACAGAAGAUUUGCAGCUACAAAGGGUCAAUCGAUGACGCUCCGAAGAUCGAGGUAUCGGAAAGAUAACAGCUUGAGCUACGCAGAAUGCAGCAAAGUCUUUUAAAAAUUUUUUUAAAAACGUUUAAAUUGUUGUUUUCCUGAUUCAACGCCUAUCGACGUUUUCCGCAAAACCGACAAAACACUAAAACGCAUAAUUUCAGUUGAGGCUAUCAUUAAUCUUUAUCGAGCCGUCAUGACAUUAGACCGUUAGCGGUUAGUUAGAGAUGGAACAGCAUAUUGUGCCUUAUUAUCGUGUAGCCAUGCUUUCAAGUCAGUUCUACGGGGGAACACAGAUGCUAAUUAGCCCCUGCCUGCUAUGAUGUCCAAAUCAUCAUAAUCAUUAUCGUCAAGCACAGAAGCACCAAUAAUGUCCACCUUUACAGUUGCUUCUAAUUAAUCCUAGUUAUAUGACCAUCGCUACAACGACUUGCUGUGCUUUAACAACACCAACAUCAACAGUGGCUACUAUAAUAUUUCACAUUCACAGUUCAGCAGCGUGUAAGCGAAUGCCUACGAGUGUGGGACCGUAUCGCUGUAAACCUGCGCUCAGCCUGAUGUCUACGGCCGAUAGAAUUACUAUUGAUCCGUUGCAUUCGAAUAAUUCUAAAAACUAUACGAUACAGAACGAAAUAGCUUUAUUUCGUUCUGUAUCGUUUAGCUUAGUGUGCCCAACAUUGCGUUAGCGUUAAAGGUUUUUAGCCAAUCGAGGUUAGGUAUUGGCAGCAGCGGUUGUGGGUCAGUCAGUGACCCCGAUGGGUCGAGUUGAGUUUUGGUAACAAACCCAGCGCGGCUGAACAGAGAAAAAGGUAACUGGUAACAAGCUAAACCUCAGCGUUGCUUUAGCAAAUAAUUCUUUAGCAGAAAUAACAUUGACAGGAAACGAUCAUAGAGAAAUAGGGAUAUAAUAUUGAGGUAUCUACACAUUCUGCAUCUCAUAAUCAGCAACGCAGCGCAAUUACGCUCGAUAGUGCACGAUCAGUUACUUUAACCACUACGCCACUAAUAACUGCUUAAUUUCUAUGAACUACUAUAACUAGUAGCAGCUAUUAAAUAAUCGAUUAACUACGCGAUCUAUUCUGUGUGAGAAAGCCAGCAAACAUUGCCCACGAGACGAGCGUUCCGACAACCAUCGUUUAUAGUUAAUGUCGGUAGACCACUAUAAACUGCAGGGGACAUCACCAUCAUUAGCAAGCAUAGAGCUAGUAUAUAGAUUAUAUAUAGAAUUCUAUCGCUGUAGAUAGCAGUAGUUGAACAGUCAGCCAACAGCGAUCAUUGCGAUAACGUUCCGUUCUGUCGACGAAUGGACCCACUGGGCAAGCAUAAGGGCUAGUAGUCCCAGCAUCGUCUGUCUCAUACAACAGUACUAACGGUUAAAAAGCGUCAACCAGGACCAAAGCAUCAAACCAACGACCAGCAAAUUUUUCGCUGGUGGGCUCUCAUCCAAUAGAUACGUGAAACAUUCUGCGGCUUGCGCUUCACUGCAGCGCAUCUUAGCAGCACGAAGGCAAUCAGCCGCCGCCUAGAGAAUAACGUUGAGGGACAAUUCUAAGAACUCUUAGCGACUGUAGUAGAGCAGGGGCCCGUCUUCAGCUGCCUCCAUAGACUUUCUUACGUCCUGGCAACAACCGACGACACCAGCGACAUUCGUAACAGCAACAGCACGUCGCUGUCAAGCCAGGCAUCUUUGUAGACGCUACUAAUUCUACUACUUGCAUCACUAUUACUACGGGCUAACGUAGAUAGGAUUGUAGGUGAGCUGGUACGCAGGCGUUGGCAACUGGAUGUAGACUAAGAGCCUACACCAGCAACAGCAGCAAUAGUAAAUUUGCCUGUUAUCUGCUUGGUGUUAUUAUUGUUCGUCGGUGAUUCGUCGUCCUGUGGAGCAGUCCGUGUAAGUCUGGGUGACAACAAUUGUCGACUGUUCCAAUAAGAUAGGUUAGGCUGUUUGUCCGAUGAAGGUUGUUGCCAUCAUUAUCAUCGGUAUGGUCACAGGCGGAGGCGUCAUUCGCCCGAAGCACCGUAGCCACUAGAACAGUAACAACGGUAACGAAGGAGACUAGCCCAGCGAUUGAUGGGUCUGUAGUGCAUGCAGUGGCGUCGUUCUACCCACAUCGUAACACACAGCGUAAACAGCAAAAGGAAGGGAAUAGACAAUGUCUGUAAGUUGUUGCCAGCUGCUGAAAAUUCUAUCCAAAGAAACUACGAGAGGUGUACAGAAGCGAAAAAACGGGGCGACGACGCCAACGAAAUCAUCAGCAACUGGCCAAUGACAAACAAACAGAAGGAUAACAACGAAAAUAGCAAACGUCUCAUCUGCUAGCCCUUGUCUCAUCAAUAUUAAUAGUUGUCAUCACAAUACCUCAAAUAAUAAUUACAAGUAAUAAACCUGGCAACGACGCCUGUAAAGAAGAUAAUAGCUACGCCAUCCGCUUCUUCUUCUGAGCCUGCGACGCGCAGAAAUAAGUACGGCGAAUACAGGACCCGACAAUUGCCACGAUAAUAACAAUAGCGACAACUCCAUAUGCCGCUACAAACGGGAUUUCGUCGAAUCUGAUCGUCCACUGCGCGAACUCUAUUCAACUGCGGCCAAUACGAUUAUUCUUGCUGCUACUAUUAUUAUUAUAAUUAUUGUUAUUGCCACGGGUAUUUGUUGGGUCGGUAAAGGCGAUCGCAUAUUAAUAUUCAUUUCGUGCUAAGUGCGUUUCCUUUGCGUCGUGUUGUUCUUGGGUUCUCGAUAGAGCUGAGCUGAGCUGAGCUGAGUUGAAACCCGUCUCCAGUGAGCGUGGGUCUUGACUUCAACAACGAAUAGCGUCAAAGCUUAGUAAAGCAAACAAGUAAGCUUAAAAGGGGAAAAUUCAUCUUGUGUUGUUUCUACGGAAGGAUUAUUUGUGUGUGAAAAAAAUUAGUGAAUUAUUGAAUCUUCGGUCUUUUGGUUUUCACAUUUCUUCCGAAUGUUCGCCGUUGACGAGAGAAGUCAUAGUGGAAUUGAAUGCGGCGAUUUGACUGAUUUAAAGAGGAAAAUUCACUAUAACGAGUAAAAAAGGACAGCCCUUCGGCUACAAAUAUUAUUAAGCGUUUCGUUUUAAGUGUGGUUUUUGCUACGUCUUGGAUCGUGUGCUGUUAAUCUGCCGACGAUCUAAGUAUCCGAAAAUCUGUUCAAAAAGGAAGCAGUCUGAGAAGGAAGUGUGGCCUCAAGGGCAAGCGGGAGUGUGCAAGUACAUUGGGAGUAUUCUAUUGGCCGAAAAAAGUGCGUGUGUGUGUGGCUGGUUACUUUAAACAACCAACAAACUAACGGUUUCUCUCCCUACUAGUGUCCUCAACGGUAUCCUCUCAAAGUCUACGAGUCCACAUACAAGAGGACAUCAUCAGCCCUCGCCUGCUGCGUCCUAGUGCAUAUCGAGGACCUCACAGUGGAUCAGGUGCAUCAUAGGCAGUACCAGGCUAUCCAACAAGUGAGCUGAACAAAGGUUGGAUUUGGGUCGCAGCGAACAGCACAAGUCAACGUGGAUAGGGCCUGGCGAGUGCUUGCGACGUGCUGAGGUGGCGACGAGAUCGAAAAAUUGUGACAUUACGUUGUUAAAGCUGCGUCACGACAUCGUUACUGUCAAGGAAAACGACAAGCAAAAAAGACACUUCGAGAAGUCUUCCUUAUGCGUAAUGAUUACCGACUCGAGAAGAAGCCUCAAGAAGCAUUGAACCGAACAAAGAUACUGCUAACACAACAGUAACAACAAUAAUACCGGUAUCUGAGAGUACAUACUGGACUUGUUUCUACGCAUUAUUUGCGAAGUGAUCGGUGUUGUCCUUGUGAGUUGGCUUCAAAUUAUCGUGAGUCUUGUGCACUUCGCGUUCGUUGUUGACUCAGUAUCCUCGUCGUUGGCGCCCUGCAGGUUCAGAAGGUGACGCGACAAUCGAGGACGCCUCAGGUAGUAGCGAGGUGAUGCGAUCCCUCCACGUUAGCCAAGGGAAUAAUAACCAUCAGAUUUUUGAGAAUAGCGACAACAAUCGCAGCAGCAGCAGCAGCAGUCACAUCAACGGUCGCAGUAGUGCCUCCAUAACCAUUGAUAGUAUUAGCAUCACCGGCAGCCAAACCGAUACUAACGGUCACCAACCGCACGAGAUCGGGAUCGCUAGCAUUGGUGAGCUUGCUGACGUUAAUCGUGUCCACCAACAUCGAGAAGCUAACCAUUCGACGCUAAACGGCCAUCGAUUGGGACCAACUGCAGUCAGUGUCAGAGAUAACCAUUUUCAGGUUAGCACUAGCGGCGGCGGCGGCGGCGGCGGCGGCGACCGGCAGCGUUUUAGCCGACAGAGACGGACUAGUAUCACGAGCGAAAUUUCUAGCACCGGCUGUUGUCACUCAUCGACUGGCGUUAGCUUGACUUGUCCUGCAAUCAUUUCGAGCUCAUCAGCUUCGGCAGCGGAAAGCCAUAACCGCAUCAGUAGCUGUAGUUGCGACCACAGCGUCAACAAUAGUUACCGCAACAUCAGCGGUAACGGAACUUGUGUGAACAGCAAAGCCUCUGCUGCGCGUCACAGCAGCAACAGCGGCAACAGUCAUCAGUUUCAACAGUAUUCUGCUCCACAACAACAACAACGACAGCAGCAGCAGCAACAACAACAGCAGCAGCAGCAGCAGCAGCAGCCGUCUCAUCUUUUUCAUCUACACGAAGGUUCGUUGGCGUCUACUAUUACAUCUAUUAACUCGCAAAACCAUAGCCACCUACAGCGUCUACAAGAACAACAGCAGCAGCAGCAGCAGCACCACCACCACCACCACCACCAACAGCACAUCCUACAACAACAACAGCGUCAACAAGUUCAGCAGCAGCCCCAUCAGCAGCAGAUUCGGUCAAUAUCUCGAAGCAGUCGAGCGUCACGUCAACAUCUAGACUCAACAACAAGUUUAGCAACAACGAAGGCAGUAUCCACGAUAACAGUAGCUGGCGGUUGCACGGUGACGACGGAUAUAGCAGCAUCUAUCGAAGGGAUCUGCACCUCGUCUAGUCUGGGCCACGUACUUACGUCGGCGUUGCAACAGGCCCAGCAGCAGCGGCGGCAGCAGCAGCGGCGGCAGCAGCAGCAGCAGCAACAACAACAACAGCAGCAGCAGCAGCAGCAGCAGCAACAACAACAACAACAAAUCGCAGGCAAUUGCUACGACCCAGUUUUGGUGACCAGUAGCAGCUCACAAGGAUCUCCCUUGCCCUCUUCGGCUACUGCGAUUAUUCACGGCGCCAGCAGCGCCCGCGGAGGUGCCAGCGGCGGCGGGGGUGUCGUGGUCUUGGACACGAGUUUCGGAGCCGGAUCGGGACUCGUCACGCUGAAGUCGUCCGUGUCAUCAGGUUUCUCCUAUGGUGGUCAGCAUCACCAUGGAUCCACAUUGUUGUCGGGCCUGGCCGCCUCGUCCGGGCUAUCUUCGCACCAUCACUCGUCGUCAUCUUCAACUGCAGGACAGCACCACCACUCCAGUCACUCACAGCAUCCUCAACCCCAACAACAUCAGCAUCAGCAGACAACAAACAGAGGCUCGUUCUCUUUGAGGGUAGCGGCCGCAGGGGGCCAUCACUCGAGUCACAACUCAGGCAACAAUAACGGCCAUAGCCACGGGCCGAACAGCGGCGGCGUGCAACAUCCACAGCAACAACACAUCUCCAGCCUGAACAAUAACGCUAGCAACAACAAUAACAACGGAAGCGCAAAUAACAAUAAUACCAGCAACAGUCACAGCAGCUCAUCGAGAAAACGAAAGGCAGAGACGUUAGUAAGCUACGGAGGCGGUGCAGCGGCGACAGGAGAAAGCGCUGCGUCCGGGCUUCUGAUGAACAGCACGUCCCAUUCGACGGCCGGAGGCCAGUCCAAGCGAAGCAAAAUGGGACAACAGAAAAAGGUUGUUUCGUCCUCAUCGACCUCCGAGGGCGACUACCAGCUUGUGCAGCACGAAGUGCUGUAUUCAGCUGCCGGGAACCAAUAUGAAGUCCUCGAAUUUCUCGGCAGAGGUACAUUCGGCCAAGUGGUCAAAUGUUGGAAAAAAGGCACUAACGAGAUCGUCGCGAUCAAGAUCCUCAAGAAUCAUCCGUCGUAUGCAAGACAGGGUCAGAUCGAAGUGUCGAUACUUCAACGACUAUCGGCUGAAAAUGGCGAUGACUACAAUUUUGUGCGAGCUUACGAGUGCUUCGUGCACAAGAUGCACACGUGCCUCGUGUUCGAAAUGCUCGAACAGAACCUCUACGAUUUUCUCAAGCAGAACAAGUUUUCCCCUCUACCACUCAAGUAUAUUCGGCCCAUUCUACAGCAGGUAUUAACUGCGUUACUCAAACUGAAAAUGCUUGGGCUCAUACACGCCGAUCUCAAACCCGAGAACAUCAUGCUCGUCGAUCCUGUACGACAACCAUUCCGCGUCAAGGUGAUUGACUUUGGUUCGGCAUCGCACGUGAGCAAGGCCGUAUGCUCGACCUAUCUUCAAUCGAGGUAUUACCGUGCCCCUGAAAUUAUUUUGGGCCUUCCAUUUUGCGAAGCGAUUGACAUGUGGAGUUUGGGCUGCGUCAUAGCUGAGCUUUUUCUGGGCUGGCCAUUAUAUCCAGGGGGUUCGGAAUAUGAUCAAAUCAGAUUUAUAUCACAGACGCAAGGUCUUCCCGCUGAACAUCUGCUAAAUGCGGCCACCAAAACUACGCGGUUCUUUGUCCGAGAACAAGCGUCGUCCUCGAGCUAUCCAUUCUGGAGGCUGAAGACUCCCGAGGAGCACGAAAACGAGACAGGCAUUCAUUCCAAAGAGGCCCGAAAGUAUAUCUUUAAUUGUCUCGACGACAUGGCACAGGUGAAUGUGCCAGUGGACCUGGAAUCGGGAGGCGGAGAACUCUUAGCGGAAAAAGCGGAUCGACGCGAGCUGAUUGACCUGCUCAAGCGGAUGCUAACUCUUGACCAGGAGAGACGCAUUACGCCCGGGGAGGCUAUCAACCAUAAUUAUGUUAACCUUGGACACCUCGUCGAAUAUGCCCAUUGCCAGCAUGUCAAGAACUCUGCUCAGGUGAUGGAAGCGACAUGUCAUCGAAGAAUGCGUCACCACGCGGCCGCUCAGGCCGCUGCAGCAGCGGCACUAUACCAUCCGGCUACCGCGCUGUAUCGGCCGUUCACAGGUCCACAGGCGUCACAAAGCGCGCAACAGGGUGCACCUCAAACGCAACUUUGUUCUAUUCUGUGUCCGCCACAAGUUAAUGCUUGUCUAAACUCACCGAAGCAUAUGAUGGUUGGAGCGGCUGGAGUUCAAGCGCCCCAUCAACAAACGUUGCAGAUUCAACCAUUGCAUCUUGCCACCCAGCAAUACGUGCCGGUAUCCGUAGUCGAACAAAACGGCCGGCAAAUGGCUCUAAUUACGGACUCAAAUCUUCUCUGCCCCCAGAACCCGUCCUCGGCUGCUGCCGCAGCCACUUGGGCGGCAGCUGCCGCCGCGAUGACGUCAUCGCGUCCGCAUCAGAUGUUCGUGACGCCCACAAAUGUUUGGGGUCCGCCACUCACGAGAGGAGAAGAUCCGUGGGGGCGAGCAGGACUUACAUUAUUGCCACCUCCUCCGGCCCCCGACUGGAUGUCGGUGGGCCAAACGCCGUCGGCUGCUCACCAAAGUAGCUCUGUUCGUUCAUCAACCCGUGAACACUCGUCCCAUUCAAAACGGCACCCGUCGACAUCAUCAUCUGGCAAAGCCAUUGCGCUUGCGCAGGCCUCGGUCGCGUCGGCUGCUGGCGUCUCGGGGUCGUCUACUUCGGCGUACGCCCCGCUCGGAUCGUCGUCGCUGGCACCGGCCGCACACGCCCAUUCACAUUUAGGUGGUUCGCUCGUAGGCGGGCCGUAUGGGAAUGGAGGUGGUAGCGGCGGUGGCGGUCCACAGACGCCCAGCGGUAACGGGCAGCAUACGCAGCUGAGUCCUGUCAAGAAGCGCGUCAAAGAGAACACCCCACCCAAGUAUCAUCUUCCGCCUGCGUCGGGAAGUGGUCUCGGCCCAUCAUCGGGAGGCAGCAGUGGAGGCCAGUCGUCGAUGGGUGUCUCGCAGGGCAGUCACACUACAGUCAAGUGGCAUCCCGAACCGCAGAUCCAGGCGCCAGCCGCGCAUUUACAUUCAUCUCACGUGUCCAUAGGGCACGGGCAGGGAUCAGGACAGGCAUUAAUUGGAUCGGGAGCUAGCGGAGGCCGCACGAUUGUCAUUCGAGAUUCACCUUCGCCAUCGCGCGCGGUCUCUGUGAUCACGAUCAGUUCGGACAGCGACGAUGAGGCGCCCAACACACAGAACAGUGGUGGCAGUGGCCGAUCAAAGAGCUCCGCAGAACGCGGGGACUCAGAGACGUCAAGUGGUGGUAAAUGUCACUCGGCGCAGGUUACACCGUCAACAGAAUACCCUGGUUGUUCGCGCGGCGGCAUUCGCGCAACCUCGUCCAAGAGCACGAUGCCGCUGCCUAAUGACUCACCGGGUGCUUCCGGGGCAUCCGGGUCCGUUGGGGCCACUCCGGCCGAUUCCCGAGUACUUCAGCUAUCAAACCACUAUUCGCCUGUGGUACUCCAGAACAUCAAACAUGAGCCCAGGGACGAACAGCAGCCACUACACAAGGAUCGGUCGCACAAGUACGCCACCAUUCCAGGCAGCGGAUUAGCGGGUAGCAGCAGCUCGGGUAGCAUUCAGCAGACAACAUUCAAACGUGAAGUUGUCUCACAGCUGCCAACGGCGCAUACCGCCCAUCUUAGCAGCCAUGGCCACGGGGGUCACCUGGCUCCAGCGUACGUCGACCCUGAACGGCUGCUCAAGGAAGCGGCAGUUGGGGUGAGCACCAGUGCUCAUGCACGGGCCGCCCAUUCACACGCCCAUACAAGACAGCAGCCCCCGCUGCAGUUUGAGUUUGCUGCGGCGCCCGCUAGCCAAGUGGGACAGCUAGGUAUGGGUGUUGGCACGGUGGGAGCUGUCGGCGUCGGCUCGACGGGCCACAUGGGUGUAGGUGCCGUGGGUGCUGUGGGCGCCGUGGGGGCACAACCGCUCUACUUGAGCCAGCCUGACAUUUACCGACCGACCGCCGUGUACGUGGCCACUGGUAGCGGGCAAUUCCCGCCGCCACCGGCACACCACCAAUAUCCACAGGUGAAUCAGCCUCCCGUGGGCUAUGCAGCACCUCCUGCGCACCUUCAAUCCUCAUAUCCAGCUUACACGCGCAUAUCCCCCAAAUAUCACAACCCCUACCAGGCAAUGUAGGCAAGAACGCAGAUCUCGGCCUAGCUAACAGUAAUAUCAGGCCUCCUCUAUUACGCUACCUGCCAAUUUGAGAAGGCAAAACAUUGGCAAAGCCGCUACAACGAAAGUCAUUCGGCAUCGUGUAUGAAACAAGAAUUGCUGAUCCCUUCGGUAGGCCGGCCCUUAUCAGCAUUGGGUUAAAUUGACAGCGUGCUUUAACUGUAACGGCGCCUGCAGCAUAUACAACAGUAGGACGGAAGGCAAGAACAAGGGUGAGCAUACUAGUCUCGAAAGGACUUCAGAACCAGUAGAUUAUAAGACUAGGUCAGUAGGUGACAACCACCAGUAAAAUGGCAGGACAUCAGCUGUGGGAGAAGAGAGGCUCUGUACGUGAGAAUCUCUCGGUGGAGAAGUGCUCGCGUGUUUUUUUGUUCGAAAAAACAAAAAAAACAAAUGAAGAAAUCAUAGUUGCUCAUCGGUCAUUUGCGUACGACAAUACCGUUAACAAGACAAAACUAAGCAACAACUAUCAAUCCCUAUGUAUUACAGCACACACAGCAGACGCGUUCACGACGACAUCGCGACACGUUUGCACGCCGAGACAUCCAUAUAAUAAAAUAAUCACAAUAAACUAAUCUUAAUCGCAUUAUUAUUGUUAUUAUCAUAACAACUUUGCAGUAUUUGUCCUAGUAGCAGAUUGAACGCAAAAACAAGCUUCAUAGAGAUGAGAUACGACGUAACCAAUGCAGUAAACAGGUAGUAUCGUGACUUGGCUGCAGAUGUCGCUCGAAUAGAUCGUGUAUGUAUAUUAUAUUCACGAAGAAAAAAAAUAUCAAUUAUUGUGUAAUUGCUGCUAUUAUUACUAAUAUUGUGAUUAGGACAGGGGGUUGAAAACACACGGGCGUCAUAAUGAAUUAAGUAGAAUGCUAAUCAUGAUAUUAAUAAUAACUUAGCAGAAAACACCAGUCCCUCACUUGAAUUAAUUACAUCUGACGGACGUCGCGUGCGGAGACGCUCCGUUGUUGGUUGUGGGAGCAAACAACGGCUACGCGUUAACUAGGUUUUGGAGAGGGCAAACAUAGCUACUAGAGCGUCAGUCAAACGGAUGAUUUUUGCUCGUUGUAUACGGUUUUACUAUUGUGAGCGUUGGUUGCCGGGAGAAAAUAGAAUGGCGGCAUAAGAAAUCGUUUGCAGGAAAGCAGACGAUUGUGCCUCUCAUAACAGUCGAACAUCGGCGUGAAGUCUGACAGAAGAAUACAAAAGAUGGCUGAUGGUAGGGUGGCAUAAGUGUUAUGAAAGAAUAUCUGAACAAAAGCGAGUGAGGGUCUGAGGUAGCCAACAACUGAGCCGGAACUGUGGUGGCGACAUAGUUUCGGUGUCUUUCGUUACUUGUUUCUGUAGCAACUAUCUCCAUGUUGUAUACCAUCACUGGGCGUCGGACCAUGCAGACGACAACAUCGUCCAUGUAACAUUUCCUUCCAGUUUCUGAUUGUGACCACAUUUCGGUGAUCUUUUUUUUUUAUCGCUAGGGUCGUAUUUGGUCGCUUUUUGCUUGAGCUAAGGUCUAGCACCCGGCAGCAGUGUAUUCAUUGUGGCAGACACUUGGCUCUUCCAACUCGUGAACUCAGACAGUGGUUAUCAUCAACAUGAUAAUAUAAUUUGUAUGUUUAUGGCUACUAUUGUUUGCUGCUACUAUUAACCGUACCCGUCACCGUUUAUAUUCUAUAUAAUAAAUAUAGUUGUGCCUGAUUUAACUAUCACAUUACGAUUUCCUGCUGCGUUAUAAUUAUCGGCAGUAUAAAUCUGUACAGAUUUCUGAUUGUGUUUCCUUUACAAAGAAGGUCACGUAACAAUAUUUAAUGUAUAUGUGUACGUCACGAUGAAGGUCACUCUGAUGUGAUGAUGUCAUCAAUCGUGUAUACUAUAUGAGAAGACGAAGCGUCAACGUAAGAAUAGUUUCGACAAAAACAACCGAAGGGAUCAAAUGAUUGAUGGUAAAAAUUUUUAUUUUCCUUUGUUUGCCGUUUGUAGCUGAAGUCGUAGUUGACAUAAGGUUGUAAUCUUAAGGAGGAAGACAUGAUCGCCAAGGUUUCUUUGGUUAGGCUGUAUCGUUUGAUGUGGACGGUUCAAAGGUCUCAUCGUACGUUUUGUGUGGCAUUUGACGGCACUAGCAAAUGAGAUGGAACAUGAAGCUAAAUAAGCGACGCUAACACAAAAGAUCGACCUGUAGCUACUGAUGGUACUAUUACACAAAGACCGAGCUCGGUGUAACACUGGAAAACUCAGCCUAAAUUGGAGUUUUUGUAUAUUAUCGUGAACAAACUGAUCGAUGACCGCUGCGAUAUCGGACUGCGGAUCGUGCCACCCGAUUCUAUGAAAUUUUAACUCCGAGUGGAGUCCGAAGAAGACACGAGAAGGAAAUUAGCGUCACUCAUAUUUUAUAGAGCGAUGGUCUGUUCAAGCCUUUGUCGGAUUAACGCGGCGCUUCGCCUGGGUUAGUGUCCCUGAAGCCGUCGAUAACAUACGGUUUUUUGGUGGGUGACCUGUUUACGUAAUGGGUUAAUACAUCGACGCAGCUGUUGUAAGCUUCUCGAUUGGAUUGGUAUACCCUUAGCGGACCGUGGGUCCGUUUAUGUUGAUACCAAAGUUUGUGCAGAGCUGGAACGAUAAAUCGAUUGAAUCGAUAGAACGUACAAUUAGGCAGCAACUACCAGAAAGCAUCGCUUUCAAUGACAAGAAUACAUCUUGCAUAUUUACGCCGGCACAACGUAACGACAAGCACAAUACAUUAGUGUAGACUAUGUUAGAACGGCUCCUCCGUACCGGCUGCACUAGCCGGCCUGUUCUAAUAAUAUAGGUAACUGCUAAUUUCCAAAUUCAUUCUAUUGCAGUGGUGCUCUCUUGUAGCCAGUGCUCCUUGGCUUGCCCCAACAUCACAAAUGCGCCCCAACGCCAAAACGUAAAAUAGAAAGCCCAUAAUGGCGGAAACUAAUGCUAAUGGCGCACAGCGGUACAUUGUGAUCUCUCGCUUACAAUAUUAAUUAUUGUUUGCGAUAGAUUAUGCGAACACUGCGCGAUGAGUAAGACUUGCGUUGACAUUUCAUUGAUUAUUUUUAUGAUUAUUACUAUGUCAUGAAAACGAAAUGAUAAAUCGCAGGCAUAAAAAGAGAAAUCCUGGAUUAAAAAAAUCGAUUUUUCAGAUUGGAUUUCGAAUCCACGAACUCGAGACCAUGAUAAUUUUCAACGCUGGAAUGAUAGAUAGGUGUGCGUAUGGCAAAAGUGCGACAUAAAUUUUUUACUGUCGCUCUACGACGGAUGUGUAUAUAAUAGAAUCUAGCAAAGUGAGCACAGCUAACUUUUUGACAACUUCAGAAAAAAAUUUAUGCAAUAUUUGAACUCUAAAAAAAUCAUUCGAGUGUUUACGAACCAGCAUAUGUAAGUAUAUGCUGUAAUAAUAAUAAUAUAUCGUAGCCGAUAUAAUUAGCUUUUCGUCCUCUCCAAAAAGAUUCACACACGCUUUUCCACUCGUAAUGGUAAUAAUAACAAAUGAGGAUAAUUACAAUCAUGAUGGAUAUGCCGCUCAUUCUGUACACUGCACACUGUGAACAUAUUGAUUUUCAUCAUUACUAUUAUGAUGAUGAUGAUUAUAAUUCAGAUAUAUGGCAUAUCCAAGUUUGUAUGGUCUCUUACACCGAAACAUUUUCACGCUUACGGGUUUAUCAACAGAUAUUUAUAAUAACAAUAACAACUCCGUAUAUGAACAGCAGAAAGUUGUGUGGUGUCGUUUGAGAAGAACAAGAACAGCACAGAUCGACCGAUCGAAAAAUAAGGUCGUUGAGAAAGAUUUGGCUGUAGAAUCGAACCUAUAUCAUGAGAUCGCUGAGAUUGCGAGGUUGGCGUCCAUCGUACAUAUUUGGUUAUCCUUCGUGGUAUGAGCUUAAGAUAGUUCCGUAUAGCUAAUGUGUUGGUAUAUAUUGAUCUGUACGAUCUGCUAAGGACGGACAGAUCAUUGUGUUGUCGUUUGCAUGCGUUACUGUGAUUUUGAAUUGUCACCGUCAGCGCAAAUUGUGCGGUAGUCGACGCUCUUGGGGUCUCCAGCGUUAGUGUUACCAUCCAUUAGCCAAUUGUGACAGGUUCUAUACGGAUCUAUUGCAAGUUGUGCUAUUAUAGAUCGAGCUCAACUAAGAGUGCCUCCAAGAUCUCUUCAAGGUGGACCCGAUAGCCUUCUUCUAGAUAGUUCUAGGAUAGGGUCGAGCCAAAGCGUUGUGCGUCUGUAAGCGUGUCCACAUUCUGCGAAAGCAGGCACCUGUGUAUGAUGCUCGAGUAUGAAAAUUUCCUAAGCGACAACGAUGUACUUACAGCAUUCAAACAAUAUAAUCCGCUAAGGUGGAAGGAACCACCAUGUGUUUCUUAUAUCUUAAUACUAACGUAUGGGAGAGCGUGUAUAAAUCGUAUUGUACUAUUUGUUAUUCUAGUGAGCUCGCAAGAUGGUAUCACUUCGAUUCGUCCGGUCGGCAGGAUUUCGAUUUGUAAUAUAGUACUACUGACACAUAUUACACUGGAUGAUUUUCUGGUGAUUGAGCAAGCAAGAGAGACCCUAAUCACUAGGAUGAUAAUAUAAACAUAUAAUUCAACGGCCAGAAAGAAAAAAAUAGCUCAAGGACAGCGAGCACUAUAAAAUUAAUGUAGACUUAUAAGAAGAUGGUCAAUCAUGCUGUUUUGCACGAAAGUAUUGUAGAAAAGCUAUUCGGUUUUACACUGAAGUAUGGGUUGAUUGAUGUAUUAAAACGAUCAAGGGAGCUAAAAUCAGGGUUUGAAGCUGGCCUGCACAUUUAACUUGUGAAUAAAGCCUAGACUAUAUAACGAUAUGAUACGCAGUGGUACACUCUUAAUGCAGGGCGAAUUAGGUAGGUGUGACGUUUUAAUUAGCAAAAUAAAUAACAGAAAGAGAGA